UUGUUUGUUGUAAACUCUGGGUGGUAUAAAGCCUGGAGAAACCCAUGUGUAUGAGCAGUUUCCUCAGUGGCAAGAGCUUCAAGGAUACUAAAAGCAUUUCCACAAUUAUGGAUUCAUCUGACAUCCAAAGGCACAAAGUAGCAGUCAUUGGUGGUGGCCUGGUUGGAUCCUUAAAUGCAUGCUUUCUCGCAAAAAGAAAUUUCCAAGUUGAUGUAUAUGAAACUCGGGAAGAUAUCCGUGUGGCUAAAUUUGCACGUGGAAGAAGCAUUAACUUGGCCCUUUCUUAUAGAGGACGGCAAGCCUUGAAAGCCAUUGGCCUAGAAGAUCAGAUUGUAUCCCAUGGUAUUCCCAUGAGAGCAAGAAUGAUUCAUUCUCCUUCAGGAAAAAAGUCUGCAAUUCCCUAUGGGACUAAGUCACAGUAUAUUCUUUCCAUAAGUAGAGAAAAUCUUAACAAGGAUCUAUUAAAUGCUGUUGAGAAAUUUCCCAAUGCAAAAUUGCACUUUGGUCAUCGGCUGUUGAAAUGUAAUCCUGAGGAAGGAAUGAUCACAGUGCUUGGAUCUGACAAUGGUCCCAAAGAUGUUACUUAUGACCUCAUCAUAGGAUGUGAUGGAGCUUAUUCAACUGUCCGAACUCAUCUUAUGAAGAAACCUCGUUUUGAUUAUAGUCAACAAUACAUUCCACAUGGAUACAUGGAAUUGACUAUUCCCCCUAGGAAUGGUGAUUACGCCAUGGAACCUAAUUAUCUGCAUAUUUGGCCUAGAAAUACCUUUAUGAUGAUUGCACUUCCUAACAAGAAUAAAUCUUUCACAUGUACUUUGUUCAUGCCCUUUGAAGAUUUUGAGAAACUGAUAACUGGUAGUGAUGUGCUGAAGUUCUUCCAGAAGUAUUUUCUAGAUGCCAUUCCUCUUAUGGGAGAGCAAAACCUGACACAAGAUUUCUUUCUGUUGCCUGCCCAGCCCAUGAUAACUGUAAAGUGCUCUUCUUUUCACUUUAAAUCACAUUGUGUGCUAAUGGGAGAUGCAGCUCAUGCCAUAGUGCCCUUUUUUGGGCAAGGAAUGAAUGCAGGUUUUGAAGAUUGCUUGGUCUUUGAUGAAUUAAUGGAUAAAUUCAAUAAUGACCUUAGUAUGUGUCUUCCUGAAUUUUCAAGAGUUAGGAUUCCAGAUGACCAUGCAAUUUCAGACCUAUCUAUGUACAAUUAUGUAGAGAUGCGAGCACAUGUGAAUUCAAGGUGGUUCAUCUUCCAAAAGAACAUUGAGAGAUUUCUUCAUGCUCUUAUGCCCUCUACAUUUAUACCUCUCUACACCAUGGUGACUUUUUCCAGAAUAAGAUACCAUGAGGCAGUGCUGCGCUGGCAUUGGCAAAAAAGGGUAAUAAACAAAGGAUUACUUUUCUUUGGGAUUCUGGUAGCCAUCAGUAGUACAUACCUUCUAGUGCGCACCAUGUCACCAAGAUACCUGGACUACUUGAGAAGACCGUGGGACUGGAUCACUUACACCCGUAACACAGGACACAUUUCUCUGCAAACUCCAUGGAGUUAACUGAAACAAAUUUCUGGUAUCAUCGUUAGCAGAUGAUACAAAAGUCCUGGAGAAUUAAAUACUUGAUUUCUCUGUAACACAAACUAAGAAUUGACCAUGUUUCCAUCAUCAUAAUUAACUAAUAGAAGAUUUUAUCAACUAAUAAUUAAAUUCAUUGUGAAAUUC